GUUCCUCAGUGCAACGCCAGCCAGCAAAGCGAUCGGUUCAGUUCGGUCGGAAAUCCAGAGUCUGCAUUAAGAAGAAACAUAAUCCGUAACUAUGGACAGCAAGCAGCCUCCACCGUACAGUGAACAGUCCGGAUACACUCCCGCACAAACCUAUCAGCCCGGUGGCCCCACCCAGCCACCUCUGUACCCACCGAUGCCGCAGCCACCGCAGUCCUCAACGGUGAUCAUCCAGACCACCACAACCUCCAACCUGGUGCCCAUCGGCAGUGGACCCACCCGGAUCCGCUGCCCCUCCUGUCACGCCGAAGUACUGACCACCGUGAAGGCCACUCCCUCCGGCAGGACGCACUGCUGGGCCCUCAUCCUGUGCCUGUUCAUCUGCUGGCCGUGCGUGUGUCUUCCGUACUGCAUGGACUCCUGCCAGAAUGCCAACCACUACUGCCCCAACUGCAGCGCCUACAUCGGCACCUACGAGAACUAACUAUCUAACGCCUAUUUAUGCAUAUAUACCUAUAGAGAACCCUAAGCACUAGCGUCAUAACCCAGAGAAAUUGAACUGUAAAUACACAUGUACGGACGUCA